AGUAUGACAAAUGCAUGUGCUGUGAAUAUAAUGAUUCAAUAUAUAUAACGUACACUCUCAAUACACUCUAGGCAAUAUCUUCAUCUUGUUUCUUCCACACCGCCCUUUUGUUGUUCUUCCAGAAUCUAUCAAUCGGUAUUGCGUUCUCUCCACAUUCAAAUGAAACUCCUCAUGGCGACCUCGCCAUUUCUGCAUGCCAAAGCAGAUAUUAUCCUUCGAUCGUCCGACGGCGUUGAUUUUCGUGUGAUCACGCUCUUUCUGAAUCUCGCCUCGUCGUCUUUCGACUCCAUCAUCGAACAAGCGGUACAGUCAAACCAGGUCGAAGGUGAUCUGCCCGUCGUGCCCGUGGAAGAAAACCACAGAGUCCUCGACAUUUGGCUCAGAUUCUGCUACCCUUCAACUCUUGCAGAGGAUCCUCCUCUGCAUGAGAUUGAAGAUAUUAUACCUGUGCUUGAAGCAGCUAGGAAAUAUUCUUUGCAAACGCUUGAGCACAAAGUCCGUCAAGCGCUUAAAAGCCGCAUGGAAAAAGAGCCUUUGAGAUGCUUUGCGAUUGCAAUGCGUGCUCAGCUCAACGUUGAAGCUACACUCGCUGCAGAAUAUACUCUCCGCCAAUCUCUCAUUCCUGCGAGUGUUCCAGAAAUCGACCUCAUCACAGCCAAGGAGUUGCUCGCACUACUCACCUAUCAUCAGAGGUGCGGCGUAUCGGUGCAAUCCUUGGGGGUGGAUCUAUCCUGGAUCACCAGCAGUUACCUGAGCUUGAAUGCGGCGGGAUACCAGUGGAUGAUUCAAAACGGCUCCUGUAACUGCGAGUCCAGCAGUCGAUUCUUGCUCAAUGGUCAACGACCAUUGAAAUGGUGGAGUGAUUACAUGGAAAAAAGUCUGGUGUCUUUGCGCGACAAGCCAUCUGGCCACACGGUGCUUGCGGAGGUUGGUGAUACAAUCCGGGGCGUUCGAGCUAUGGGUUGCUCGCGGUGCUGUUCAAAUAUCCUGGGGAAUAUGACGGGAUUCGCCGAGUUUCUUAGCACGAUGGUUGAUAUAUUGACGGCAGAGGUUGAUCUCGACAUGGAUUUGCUCAAACCCUUCGUUCCAGCCCGAGUUACCCUAUCAGCGAAGGCUCAGAUUUUCAUAGGGACAAGCGGUCUCGACGUUGAGCCCUCCGUUGCGGGCCCGGCCCCGGCUACCCCUGGGCCAUCAACGAAGGCUCCAAAUUCAAAGGACGGGAAGCAGAAGACUCCGAAUUCAAAGAGGAAGGCUCCGAAUUCAAAGGACGCGAGGAAGAAGUGAGGGAGUUCUCAAAUUGUUCUCAAACCUACUUAGACUGUAUAAGUUGGCAUACAAGUUGCCGUAUAGUUCUGAGUAGUCUGACUUGAGUCUGACACUACAUAGUCUCGAGAUUAGAUUGUACAUUCUAGAACGCCGCGAUGUAACCGACUUAUGUACUUUAGUAGAAGUUGAAUGAUGUAUCUCAGUGCCAGAGGCCCAGGACCAAGCAA